UAAACGGGAUGAUACAGCUGUAACUCACGAGAUGAUGAAUGACUGGGUGGAUGAGUCCUGGAUAGAGAAUGAGGAUGGAUGGUUAGAAGAAGAUUCAGAUUUCUAGAGAUUACAUUUUUAUAAUAAAUAUGUAAUCCCAGAGUAAAUGUGAGAGAAUAAAUGAAUAAAGACU